AUGAACAGGGCGCGUGACUCUCGACCAUGUGACCGGCCAGGCUCAAAGAGGUUUGUGAGGCAAAGCGAGCGAAAUAAUCUCUACGUUAUUUAUUUAAAAAAUACCAAUAACAUCAUUAAAUAUAAAAGUGUCGGAACCGGAGCGAUGCAGGAACAUUUACUGACUGGAUUUUGAAUACAAUAACGACAAAGGGAUGCGGUUAGGCGUGUUAUUUCUGCAGCACGAGCGACUACUUACUUGAGGAAUAUUUCGGAAAUACUGACUUACUGUGUGUGUGUGUGUGUGUGUGUGUGUGUGAAAGUAGCUGAAAAAUGAAAAUGUCUUGGUGUCUUUAAGUCGCUUGUGUCUGUAGGUGACUGUCAGGAAGACUGAAAAGAUGAACGCAUUAGUCGCCCUCUGUCACUUCUGUGAACUCCACGGGCCUCGGACUUUGUUUUGCACCGAGGCUGUUCAUCCGCCGUCUCCUUCACCUCCUCAGUAUGGAUCUGCUAUGAUGCCUGACCGGGAACCUGAAGGAGAGCGUGAUGGAGAGGGACUAACUAUGAAGGCCAACAGCUCAGAGACACACAGAGCUGACAUGUGCGAGGGCUGUCGCUCCCUGCCUGCGUCUCACCCUGGCUUUGUGAGUGUGGACAGUGAGACAGGGAUUCGCUACCUCAGUCAUCAGCAUCCGCGUCAGCCUCAGCUGUUCAGCGUAGUGCGGCAGGCUUGCGUGCGUAGCCUGAGCUGUGAGGUGUGUCCAGGUAGAGAAGGACCAAUCUUCUUUGGGGAUGAGCAGCAUGGCUUUGUGUUCUCGCACACGUUCUUUAUCAAAGACAGCCUGGCACGUGGCUUCCAGCGCUGGUACAGCAUCGUUAUAGUGGCGAUGGAUAGGAUCUACCUCAUCAACUCCUGGCCUUUCCUGCUGCGACACCUCAGAAUCACUAUCCAGAGUCUUCAGAGCACAGCACUCCAGGUAUUUGAAAGAGAGCAGGUGGUGUGCCCUCAGAGACGGAUGAACAGCACCUUUUCCCCAGCAGGGUUUCCUCAUCAACGCAGCGGCAAUGCAGCUCGCUCUCUAACCUCUCUUACCCAGCAUGCCGACCUGUGGGCCAGCCUGCACACUUCUUUCAGCUGGUUGCUAAAGGCUUGUGGGAGCCGACUGACUGAAAAAUUGCUUGAGGGAGCGCCUACUGAAGACACGCUUGUUCUCAUCGAAAGACAAACAGAACAAGAAGAGGAGAUGAAUGCUGAGGGGGGCAGUGUAGCUCAGGACAGCCAACCUGAUACCACACAGGAAAGGGAUUUUCUGUUUGGUGGUGAUGGAAAAGAUGAAGAGCCUCUUGGGCCAAAAUUCAAAUCUCUGAGACAUUUACGUCAGGUCCUUGGUGCAGCAGAGUUUAGACAGCUGGCAUGGCAUGUGCUAAUGGGAAACCAAGUGAUAUGGCGAGGACAUGACUGUGGUUUCAUCCAGUCAGCUUUUGAAAUGCUCAAAGCUUUGCUCCCAGUGGGUUGUGUUCGCGUAGUACCUUACAGUACACAAUACGAAGAAGCAUACCGAUGCAAUUUCCUGGGUCUCAGCCCUGACGUGCAAAUCCCAGCUCAUGUCACUUCCUCAGAGUUCAUGGUGUUGGUAGAGGUGCUGAAUGUGGAACAGGGCAGUGCGUAUGGUGCAUACACAGACGAUCUCCUUUCACUGUAUCAGUUCAGUAUCAGCAGUGCUAAUACCCAACCAACAGACAAAGGACCCACGCUGUUGAAUAAGCUCGACCUGGCCCUGGCUAAUGAGAAUCUGUCUGUGGACGUGGUGUCUCACUGCCUGCUCUGUCUAAAGGAGGAGUGGAUGAAUAAAGUGAAAGUGCUGUUUAAAUUCACUAAGGUGGAUGGAAGGGGUAGGGAGGACACACAGAAGGUUUUAGCCCUGCUGGGGGCCACUGGACACGGGGAAGAGGACAAUGUGCGUCUCCUCAAGUUCUGGAUGACUGGACUGAGCAAGACGUACAAGAGCCAUUUAAUGACUGCCGUCCGAGGAGGAGAGAGAACUCUGAGUCAAUAAGUAUUUGGGGGGGGAUCCUGUGUUCAAUUGAACGGCUACGAGUGAUGUAGUCCCUUAAAAUACUGUUUAACAAUUCUGAGAUUUUCACAAUCUUUCUAGGAAUAGAAAUGUAUAACUGCUAAAAAAAAAAAAUACAUCUUUGCAGGAAUUGUAUAAAUUCCUUAUCUGAACUUUGACUUCUGCAUUUGUUACAAAAGUAGUUUUUAUCUCCCGAAUGUCAAGUGCAUAAUGCAGCGAGCACCACCCUGAAUUAGACAGAUGUUGUAACUUGCACAUGAUGUUUAAUCUUUUCAGAUAUCCAGCGAAUUAACUUGAGCUCUCAUGUGCUGUUUACAAAUGUUGACACGGACAACCGUAAUUAUUGUUUCCACCAUCACAGAGCUUGUAGAUCCUUAAUUCUUGCUCUUUGGAUUUUACGGGAUUGCAUAUUACGGUAUAAAGGUUAUUAAAACAAGACUCUAUUUGCUUUUCCUAAGCGAUGCCAUUUGAUAAACUGAGUAGUCAUUGUACCGUCUGCAUUACCUCUGUGCUGUUUAAAGCACAUAAGCCUUAUUUAUUAGAAAUAUUUAUGCAGCAGGUAUAUUUAUGAUUCAAAUCAACUGCAACUAUUAAGAUAUGCUUAUAUAUUAUGUAUGCAUAAAAAAAAAGAUUUGUUUAAAUUUAUGUGCGCUGUUUGUCCUGUAGCAGGAAUUUGAAAAUGAGUUCUGUAGCUGUAUAUGAAGAAUUCGCACACUUCUUUCAGUCCAAGUAGCAUUUAUAUAUAUAUAAGUGUUUCAGUGUGAGAACUUGAAUGAUGUUUAUUUUGCACCCUCACUGGUUUCUCUGCUACCUUGACUUGUGCUUGGAAUGUCUCUGUGUGUCAUACUUACAGAAGUAACGUUUUACUGUAAAUAGAAAUGUUAAUAAAAAAACCUCAAAUGUUUGUAAACAAGAGGUCUACAUCAUCUUGGGGUGAUUGAAAGCA